AUGAACUUUGUGAGAGACAAGAACGUUAUGGGCAUGGUGGCGAGCCGGGAGGGCCUGGUGCUGGUGCAGCCCACCACGUUUAUGAACCUCAACGGCAAGACCGUGCUGCGAGCAAUGCGCAAGUACGAAGUGGAAGCACCCGACGUGACCGUCGUGCACGACGAUGUCGAAACAGCGCUGGGCAAGAUCGCCGUGCGUCUGGGCGGCGGUGCAAGAGGACACAAUGGCAUUCGAUCGACCAUGAACUGCCUUGGGACAGACCAGUUCAGGCGGGUGCGCGUGGGCGUGGGGCGACCAUCGGACAAGACGGCCGACUUGGCCGACUUUGUGCUGGCCAAGUUCUCGCGAGAGGAGCAGAAGGUGUUGGACCAGGUGGCCGAAAAGGCCAUCGACGACUUGUUGGCCUCGCUCUUUCCUUCCGGCUUCGAAGCCAAAGAACAGACUCUCGGCGGUUGA